UAUAAAUAUAAACAGACCUACUUACUGCAAAGCAUCGACCUCCCCAUUCACCCUAAUCAUUAACUAGCCAGCAGCCAUGUCAUCACAGCAGCAGCAGCCUCACAUGGUUCUGAUGCCGAGCUCCGGCGCCGGCCACGUCAUCCCGUUCCUGAAAGUAGCCGGAGCCCUGGCGAGCCAAAACUGCCGAGUCACACUCAUCACCUCCUACCCACUCGUUUCCCAGGCCGAGUCGGCUCUCAUCACCCGCUUCCUCACUCUGUACCCUCAAGUCACCGAGAAGCAAUUCCAUCUGCUUCUGCUCCACCUCCCUCCAAACGAUCAUUCUGAUGAUUCCUCCAAAGACCCUUUCUUCCGACAAUGGGAAUUAAUCCAUCGCUCCCUUCCACGUCUGUCGGACAUCCUCAAAUCUCUGUCUCCGCCGGCCGAUGCUCUGCUUUCCGACAUAAGCCUGAUGUCUUCCACCAUUUCAGUGACUGAAAGCCUCAACAUUCCGAACUACGUCCUUUUCGCUAGUUCGGCCAGGAUGUUUGCUUUCUUCGCCUACUAUCCUGCUCUUUCCGAUGCUCUUUCCGGUUCGGCGGGCGAGGAUGAAUUGCUUGAAAUCCCUGGAUUGGAAGGAUUGCCCAAAUCCUCUGUUCCUCCUCUGCUUAAGGAUACCACCUCGCCCUUUGCCACCAUGCUCAGGGCCAACAACGAUUGCAUCAAGAAGUUCGAUGGAUUUCUGAUAAACACUUGUGAUGUACUGGAGGGAAAAACUGUACGGGCCCUUAAAUCUGGAAAGAUUGUUGAUGGGAUGCCUCCUAUCUUCGACUUUCUGUACCCACCAUGGGAACCAGAAAAGGUCAAAGGAAGUAGAUCAACUGCGUGGGAGAGAUGGUUAGACGAGCAGCUGCCAGCCUCUGUUGUAUAUGUGAGUUUUGGAAGUAGAGCACCCUUGUCCAGAGAACAAACCAUAGAGGUUGCCAAGGCAUUGAUAAGUUGCAACUAUCCAUUCAUGUGGGUAGCAAAAUUCUCUGUUGUGGACAAGGAUGAUGGCCAGAGCAUGCAUCAAGUUCUUGGGGCAGAUCUCACUCGUCAGGUGAAAGAGAAGGGUGUCGUUGUGCAGGAUUGGGUUGAUCAACAGCAGAUCAUUGGACACAAAUCUGUGGGAGGAUUCGUGACGCAUUGUGGAUGGAACUCGAUCCUGGAAGCGUCCUCGAAUGGGGUUCCGAUGCUUGGUUGGCCUCAGGGCGGGGAUCAGGGGAUAAUAGGGGUGGCAAUAGCUGAAUGUGGGGUGGGUAUGUUGGGAGGGAAGUGGGGAUGGAAUGGGGAGUUUGUGGUGAAGGGAGAGGAGAUUGGGAUGCGCAUUAGAGAGAUGAUGGAGAGCCAAAAGUUGAGGUCUCGAGCAGCCGAGGUCAUGGAAGACAUAGACAAGGCUGUUGCACGUGGUGGCGUAUGCGAUCGAACUCUGAAACAAUUCAUUAACAAGUUUAUGUCUUAGAUGUGGUUGUAUCAAUAAGUUUUAUCCCGAUGAGGAAAAUGGUUUUAGGUUUUCAAAAUAGAUUGCGGAUAAGAUCGUGAAUAAAUUGUAAUAUGUAAUAUGCUUGAACAAUAAGUUUAACAUGUUUUGAGCAAGCAAUAAGGUGUUGAAUGGUGAUUUCACGGAUUUGCAAUUGAUACAUUGUCUUAUCAAGAAAACAAGCU